CGAGGAACAAGGGCUGCACGCAGGCGACAUCGGGAAGCAUCCUCAAAAUAAUCUUCAUCCUUCUUCUCCCUCUUCUUCAUCUUCUUCGUCUUCUUCGUUUUGAAUUCUGAUAGAGAUACCAUUUUCUUAUCUUCUUCACUCUCCCUGCCUGCUGCUUCCCCGGCAAUGGCUUCCAUUUCUCUGGACAUUGCUUCCGCCGCUUUUAUGACCCUCACUUCUACCCGCUCCAACCAUACUUCUACUCGGCUUCGUUCUGCUUUUCUCCCAUUUCGCCCUUUCACCUUCACUCUCACGUCUUUUCAAUUACCACCUCUCGCCCCCCUCCACUUCUCUGUCGCGUCCAAACGAACCUCGCGAAGAUUCUCGGUCGUCUCCACAGCUACUCCCACAUCGGAGAGCGAUGAAUCCGAUGUUUUGACGAAGAUUCCGCCCGAUGACCGGAUUCCAGCUACGAUUAUCACUGGAUUUUUGGGUUCUGGGAAGACAACAUUACUUAACCAUAUAUUAACAGCAGAGCAUGGGAAGCGAAUUGCGGUUAUUGAAAAUGAGUUCGGAGAAGUAGAUAUCGAUGGUUCUUUGGUUGCUGCAAAAACUACUGGUGCUGAGGAUAUUGUUAUGUUGAAUAACGGAUGUCUUUGCUGCACUGUGCGGGGUGAUCUUGUCCGGAUGAUAUCAGAGCUGGUUAAUAAGAAGAAAGGAAAAUUUGACCAUAUUGUGAUCGAGACUACAGGAUUAGCAAAUCCAUCACCAAUCAUUCAGACAUUUUAUGCUGAGGACUCGGUUUUUAACGAUGUGAAGUUGGAUGGUGUUGUCACGUUAGUUGAUGCCAAACAUGCAGCAUUUCACUUGGACGAAGUUAAGCCGGAAGGAAUUGUCAAUGAGGCUAUAGAACAAAUUGCUUAUGCUGAUCGAAUCAUAGUAAACAAGACUGAUCUUGUUGGCGAGCCACAAAUUGCUGAUCUGGUCCAACGGAUAAAGAAAAUAAACCGGAUGGCUGAACUGAAGAGGACAAAGUAUGGCAAGGUUGACUUGGAUUAUGUUCUUGGGAUAGGAGGCUUUGAUUUGGAGAGGAUAGAUAGCGCCGUUGAUACUGAAUCGAAGGAAGACCAUGCCAGUCAUAGUCACCAUGACGAGCACGAGCACGACCAUGACCAUGAUCAUGACCAUCACCACCACAAUCAUGAACAUGACCACAAGCACGAUCAUCAUUCGCACGAUCACACGCACGACCCUGGCGUUUCUUCUGUCAGUAUUGUCUGUGAAGGAAUCUUGGAUCUUGAGAAGGCAAACAUGUGGCUCGGUACGUUAUUGUUAGACCGUAGUGAUGACAUAUACCGGAUGAAAGGUCUCCUAUCAGUUCAGGGUAUGGAUGAGCGAUUCGUGUUUCAGGGUGUUCAUGAUAUAUUCCAAGGUUCGCCAGAUCGAUUAUGGGGUCCAGAUGAGCCGAGAAUCAACAAGAUUGUGUUUAUAGGAAAAAACUUGGAUGCAGAAGAGUUGGAGAAAGGCUUCAAAGCAUGUUUACUGUGAUAACUGAUUAUUUAUGGAAACAUAACAUGAUUUUGGAAAAAUAUUGCAGUUGAACCAUUAAUAGAGUUUUUUUGUUUGUUCUCCUCCA